UCGGCCGCGCGGUUUGCUGUCCCGGCGGCCGGCGAGGAGUUCAGAGUCGCUCUCCAAGAUGGCGCGCGUGCUGAAGGCGGCGGCGAGUGCGGCAGGGCUCUUGUGCAGACAGCUGCCCCCUGCCCCGGCUGUGAGGACAUACUCCACGUCACAGUUCUCCCACCAAGUGGCACCUUCCCUGUGGAAGCUGGGCCGACUCAACCACGUUGCCAUCGCCGUGCCCGACUUGGAAAAGGCCAAGGCAUUUUACCAGAAUGUUCUGGGCGCCGAGGUGAGCGAGGCUGUCCCUCUGCCUGAGCACGGCGUGUCUGUCGUGUUCGUCAGCCUGGGCAACACCAAGAUGGAGCUGCUGCACCCGCUGGGGACGGACAGCCCCAUCGAAGGGUUCCUGCAGAAGAACAAGGUGGGGGGCAUCCACCACGUCUGUAUCGAGGUGGACGAUAUCAAUGCGGCUGUGCUCGACCUGAAAAAAAAGAAGAUCCGGAUUCUCAGUGAAGAGGCCAAAAUCGGAGCCCACGGGAAGCCCGUGAUCUUCCUGCACCCCAAAGACUGUGGGGGUGUCCUGGUGGAGCUGGAGCAGGCGUGAUGCCUGUCUGCGUCCAUCACAGGCACAGAGACAGGACGCUGUAGGCCCGGGAGCAAUGCCGAGGUCUCCCCUAGUGAGAAAAUAAAAUGUGGGCGUCUCCAGCGAUCCCUGAUAUCACUCCUCGCUUUUCUCCAAGAAUCUGAAGUCACUAGUUUCGUUCUGGGUUUUGGGUUUUACCCUGGUGCUUGGGGGUUGCUGCUGGCAGGAGGUUGCUGGCAGGGCGGUUGCUGCUGGCUCAGCCCCCGGGCUCCCCAUGCAUGUCAGAUGCCACAGCCUUUGAGUUCUCCUCAGCUCGAGGCCUGGAGGUCCACACUGCUGCGUCAAAGGAGCACCAGGGACUCCGCAGAUGGAGGGGUGACACUUGGGUGCCAGCACUUCCCCCACUGCUUACCAGGGGAGCUGGGAGGCUCGCCGGGCGAUUACUCCUGCAGAGCCACGGCACAGUGAUUCCCGGUGUGCAGAAUCGUGGAGGAUCAAGGGGCAAGAGGCUGGGGCCACAGGCAUGGCACUAGUGCUUGGUGGGGGUCCACUUGGUCCUAUGCCCAGACAGAGACAUAGAGCCAUGCCCCAAGAUUUAGGUAGCAUUGCAGUCAAUAAAACUUGAAUGUUUGGGUCUAUCAUACAUUUCCCACUUUGGGGAAAACAGAUUUCUGAGCACUUUAAGAGCUUUAUCAAAUCACAAGCAUUAUGAAAAUAAACUUUCCUGUUCAAGCCAA